AUGACAGUGCAGGGUAAGAUCUGCAACAUCUGCUCCAUGUAAAUUUUAAAUGGUAACUUCAAGUUAGGCAGCAGAGGAAUUACAGUGGAGAUUAAUGAGUCAAUGUUUAGCAACAAGCGAAAGUACAACCGUGGACAUGUUUCUGGGGGGCAGUGGUUGUUUUGAAUGGUAGAGCAAGAUACUGGGAGAAUGCUAGUUUUUUUCAUUCCAGAUCACCAAUGAGAGACCUUGGUUACCUGACAAGAGCACGAGUCUGGUGAUCAUUUCUGACAAGUUGUCACCAUACUUUACCUUGAACGAUGUAAGCUACAUCCACCUGAUGGUCAAUCACUCGGAAAACUUUGUUGACCCUUAAACUGGAGCAUACAGCAACGCCAUAGAGGGCCUCUGCUGUCAAGUAAACUGAAGCUGAAGGCAUUGAAUAGGACGACCAAAGCCAAACUGCCAGGAUACCUUGAUGAGUUCAACUGGAAUAAACUCCAUCAAGAGGGGAACCUGGGAGACAGGUUCCAUCACAUGUUGUCCCACAUAGCGGAGAUCUUUCCACUGAACUAA